CCCUCCUCGCCUCUGCCCUUUUGCGCUCUCCCCCACCCGUGCCCUCCCCUUCUUCCCUUCUUCGCCCUCUGCAUCCCUCUGCCCUUCCUUCGAAUCCCUCCCCUUCCCUCCCGAUUCCCGCCCUCCUCCAACGUUCGCCUCUCGUUCCUCCCCGAAAGGAGCCACUCUUCCCUUCUGCCUUGUGAACGAAAUCUCGAACCCUAGCUGUUCGUCGUCUUCUUGACUCGUCUACUGCGUCUCGUACCCUUAAAGCUCGGAUCUUGGCGGCGCUCUCCUGAGGCAGGCACCGUGGUUGAGGUAUUUGGAUUUUUAGAAGCUGUUGACAGAUUUGAGAAAUUUCUUCUCUCUUUCGCCAGAUUUGGACUAGAUGGCCGACCAAGAUUUGGUUCUUGGAAACCCUGGCUUAGCCCUCGGCCAGAGCCAUGACCUAGUUAUCAGCGAGGACCACGGUUUAGGCCUUGGGCAGAGGCAUGGGCUCGUUCUUGGGCACCCUCAUGACCAUGACCUCGGUUUAGGCCAAGCUCACAGUCAUGAUCUCAUGCUCGGGCAUUCACAUGAGAGCCAACUGGUUUUGGGGCACCACCACCAUCAUCAUGACCACGGCCAUGAUGACGGCGAGGAGCUGGCUUUAGGGCAUAGCCAUGACCCCGACCAAGACGCCCUCGCUGCACAAAAUCAUGACUUGGGUCUCUCGGACAACCAUGAAUUGACUCUUGCUGAUACCCAUGAUCUUGGUGUCGACCAUAACCUGGACCAGCUUUCCGUUGACCAGGAGCAGGAUCUCGCCCUUGGAUUGACACAAGAGAUGUUGCAGGGUCAGCUAGUAGUCCCUCAGGUAUUGCAGGCUCGUGCAGUGAUCGUGAAUCCAGACCACCAGCUCUCUGUAGGCCAGGAGUUUGCCGAUGUCAAGAGCUGCCGCCGGGCUAUACGUGAUGCAGCCAUCGCAUGCCACUUUGAGAUCCAAACUGUGAAGUCAGAUAAGACACGCUUUACAGCAAAGUGUUCUGCUGAGGGUUGCCCAUGGCGCAUUCAUGCAGCGAAGCUCCCUGGGGUACCAAAUUUCACUAUCAGGACCAUCCAUGAGACUCAUACAUGCAAUGGAAUCAACCAUCUUGGGCAUCAGCAGGCAUCAGUUGAGUGGGUCGCCAACUCUGUCGAGGAAAGGCUCCGAGAGAAUCCACACUACAAACCUAAGGAGAUACUGGAAGAAAUCCACCGCAUGCACGGAAUAACUUUGUCUUACAAGCAGGCCUGGAGAGGAAAGGAACGAAUCAUGGCUGCAGUUCGUGGGUCCUUUGAAGAAGGUUAUCGCCUCUUACCACAGUACUGUGAACAAAUUAAGAGGACGAACCCAGGAAGCAUUGCAUCUGUCUACAGAAAUUAUGAUGAUAAUUGUUUUCAACGACUUUUCAUUUCGUUCUAUGCCUCAAUAUAUGGUUUUGUAAAUGCAUGCCGACCAUUGAUCGGUCUCGAUAAGACAGUCCUAAAGAGUAAAUAUCUGGGAACCUUACUGUUGGCUACUGGGUUUGAUGGAGAUGGUGCUCUAUUUCCUCUAGCUUUUGGGGUUGUUGAUGAGGCAAGCGAUGAGAAUUGGAUAUGGUUUUUGUCUGAACUGCAUGCUUUGCUUGAGGCCAAUACCGAGAACAUGCCUAGGCUCACAAUCUUGUCAGAUAGGCAGAAGGGCAUCGUAGAUGGAGUGGACUUUAACUUCCCCACUGCCUUCCAUGGGUUCUGCAUGCACCACCUUAGCGAGAGUUUUCGCAAAGAGUUCAGCAAUUCUGUGCUUGUCAAUCUCCUCUGGGGAGCUGCCCAUGCUCUCACGGCAAUUGAUUUUGAGGCCAAGAUUUUGGAAAUUGAAGAAAUAUCACCUGAGGCUGCCUUUUGGAUUCGACGAAUUCCACCACGUCUUUAUGCAACGUCCUACUUUGAGGGAACACGAUUUGGACACCUUACAGCAAAUAUUGUUGAAUCACUUAAUAAUUGGAUACUUGAAGCUUCUGCGCUUCCAAUAAUCCAGAUGAUGGAGUACAUUAGGCGGCAGUUGAUGACUUGGUUCAAUGAGCGACGUGAGGCUAGCAUGCAGUGGACAACGAUCCUUGUGCCAUCAGCUGAACAACGUGUCUCGGAUGCAAUAGAACGGGCACGGGGCUAUCAAGUUGGACGAGCAAACGAAGCAGAGUUUGAAGUUGUCUCCUCCCAUGAAGGCAGCGUUAUUGUGGAUAUUCGCAACCGGUGCUGCUAUUGUCGUGGUUGGCAGCUCGAUGGGUUGCCUUGUGCUCAUGGUGUGGCUGCACUACUGUCAUGCCGACAGAAUGUUCAUAGGUACACCGAGAGCUUCUUCACCGUGGCAAAUUAUAGGAAGACCUAUUCACAAACCAUUCAUCCGAUCCCGGAUAAGAGUCUUUGGAAAGAAUCAUCAGAAUCAAAUCAAAAUGGUGAGAAUCAGAUUGCGAUAGUUGUAAAUCCACCCAAAUCGCUGAGGCCUCCAGGAAGACCAAGAAAGAAGAGAGUGCGGCCAGAAGAUCAUGGUCGAGUUAAACGGAUUGUGCACUGUAGCCGAUGCAAUCAAACAGGUCACUUCAGAACAACAUGUGCAGCACCUGUGUAACAGUGGGCAGUCUGGUGGUCAGGGUCCUGUCGAAAAUUAAGUAAACUUGGAGUAGAGCUUAUGAAGAGUUUAUUCGGUUUGCUUUUUUCCUCUGAUCUCUAGGAAAUGCUCUUGGUUACAUAAUCUUAACUCGAUGACAUCAAGGGCAAAGCUGAUGUACAGUGUAACGUAAUCUUUGACCAUGUUGGUUGACUGGUUAUUUAUUUUCUGAAUAUUUUCAGGCUACAAUAUCUUUUAAAAUUCUCUUCA